AUAGAAGUUUUAGUGUAUAUGCUGAGAUUCGGAAACUUUAAUUUCUGUUUUGUUAUUAAAGUAUUAAGCUCUCACUGGCUAUAUAUAAUCGAGCCUCUUCUUUCGCUUUUUUUUUUCUCGUUUGUUUGUGUGUAGAAUACUUGCGUUUUUCCUACCAAAUUGUGUGACGCCAUGAAAGUGUUAAGAGCUUUUCCAGCAUCAAGGUUCGUUUAGUGCAUAAACUAUGUUUAGUUUUGCUUAAUGACGUUUAGUUAUGUUCGCUUAAAGAUAUUAAUUUGGUCCUAAUAUGAGAAAACAGUCAAAGUGGAAUCAUUCUCAAGUUUUUUUUUUUUUUUAUGUUUGAUAUUCCACUUGUAGAUUUUGACUUGGUAAAACUCUAACAUGUAUCAUUCAUGUAAGAUUUGUUGCUAAAUCUUGUGUCCCACUUCCUCUUUGUAAACUAGUUUUCUAUUUUAUGUCAUGGACGGCCAAAAUAUAUUGUAUUCGAAUGGACAAAGUCAGGUAAGGACUUGAUCCAAUGUAAAUGUAAACUAUAAAGUCAUGUCUUAGUAUCUAGAGAUGAUUCUAUUACAAAUAUAUUCAAAUCUUAUUUCUUAACAACAUCAUAUCUCUUGAGAAAAAAUGUAUUUGUAUGUUGGAGAUAUGAUUUAAAGCAUCAGCGUAAAAACUUGAUGUGCUUUUAGCUUUGGCAGGUUCUUGAUAAAAAUUGUAAUAAAAAUGGGUACAUGUAUGUCAACUCAUUCAAGAAGAAUUAGGCCACGAAGGAAAGGUCGUCGGAGAUUUCCAAAACACAUUUCUAGAGUGUCUGAUAUUAUUUCUCAUCCAAAUAUUAGACGACUAAGUGAUGUUGGAAUCCAAACCUCUUUUGAUAUUUCUCAAAACGAUGCGUGGUUUGAUUCUUCAAGUCUUUUCUCUGACUCUGAUGACGACUUUAUUAGCCUACAUGAAGCUGAUAAUGUUUGGUUAGAGGGUGGUGUAAUGGGUAAUAUUCCAAAUGGUCAGGUGGUUCAGUUUGAGACUUCUUCAUGCAUUGUUGAUGGAAAUGGAAAUUAUGAAGAAUACCAUGAGAGUUACUUGAAAAUUGAUGGCGGCAAUAAAAUCGAGAAGUUUAUGAGCAACGGUUUAUACAAAGAUACUAAUAGUUUGUCUAUUAUCACUGGAAACAACAAGAAUAAACAAUUGGACCAUACUUAUAGAAGCUUUAAAGUAUUGAAAGAAAUAGACCCUAACCCUCAAGAAAAAACAUUAAAAUCCAAUUUGAGCCGGUUGAUGCCAACCGUUAGUUUCAACGACAAGACUCUAAACUCCCCCACAUCUCAAAAGCGGAAGUCAGCGGUUUAUCAGACUUCUUUCAAGAGGAGAUCAUGUGAUGGUGAAGAAGUUACCGAGCAUAGGUCGUCCAAAAGAUUGUUGUACCGUCCCAAAGCCGGAUACACCAUUCCGUGCUAUGCCAAUGAGAAGCAGCAAUCAUCAGGAAGUUGGUGUGAGAUACCUCCUUCAAACUUGAAAUUACGUGGCGAAACUUAUUUCAAAGAUAAACGAAAAUAUCCGGCUCCAAACCAAUGUCCAUACACUCCAAUUGGUGUUGACUUGUUUGUGUGUCCAAAAAAGAUUGAUCAUAUAGCCCAACACAUUGAACUUCCCAACAUCAAAGCCGAGGUGAAGUUCCCUGCUCUUUUGAUUGUCAACAUCCAGUUGCCAACUUAUCCAGCCGCAAUGUUUCUCGGUGAUAGUAAUGGAGAAGGCAUGAGCAUUGUACUUUAUUUUAAAUUAAGAGAAAAUUUCGAAAAAGAAAUCUCUCAACAAUACCAAGACAGCAUCAAGAAACUAGUGGAGGAUGAGAUGGAAAAAGUGAAAGGGUUUGCAAAAGACAACAUUGUUCCAUUUCGUGAACGGCUUAAAAUCGUAGCCGGAUUAGUUAACCCAGAGGAACUCAGCCUUAGUUCUACUGAAAGGAAGCUUAUACAAGCUUACAAUGAAAAACCCGUGCUUUCUCGCCCUCAACACAACUUCUUCAAGGGUCCUAACUACUUUGAGAUUGAUUUGGACGUGCAUCGGUUUAGCUACCUCUCAAGAAAAGGGCUUGAAGCAUUCAGAGAUCGACUUAAAAAUGGAACUCUUGAUCUCGGCUUAACUAUCCAAGCUCAAAAACAAGAGGAGUUACCAGAAAAGGUCUUAUGUUGUCUAAGAUUAAGCAAGAUUGACUUUGUUGACAACGGUCAAAUUCCGACACUUUUAAUUCCUGAAGAAGGAGAAUCUCUUGUUUGAAAACUCCCUUUGUGAUCUUCAAUAUUGGAUAAAGAAAUAACAAGAAAAAUCUGAAUUUUGUUUUGCCGAAUUUGUUGUGUAUUGUUUGCCAAUGUUGUAAUAAUGAUAUAUGUUCUUUCCGUUUAUAAUCAUGGAUUAGAACACCUUAAAGUCAUCUUCUUGAGUUUGUCCUUUGUUGCAACUUGUAGUCUUGUACACUCUCUUUUUAAUUCAGUUCUAUUCUUGCGUUUAUGUGUUGUAAACUUCCAAGUCUCUUUUGUAAUCUUAACUCAAGAAAAUAAUAUAAAACUUGUAGCUAACAAUUAUAUUUGAGGUCUAUUUUUAACGAGAUGUGUAUAAGGGUCAAAAAGGCAAGAAUAAAACUACCAGGGUAAUCCAAAAAAAUGAUAAAGUGUUGAUAAGGAUGUGUAUAUUAUUAGAGUCCAACAUUGGAAAUCGGCGAAAUUCUUUGGGCAAUAU